AUGAGUGCUAACGCCGAAAGAAUAAUGGGCUGGCUGCUUCGACUUAAACUGAAUGUGCUUAAGACUAAGGCAAUCGUCCUGGGUUCCCCCUACUACAUAAAUGCAUUACCUUCUUCUGCUAAUACCUUUAUAAAUAUAGGGGGAGCCUGGGUCGACUAUAAAUCAUCUAUGCACAAUCCGGUGUUGGUGCUUAACUCUAAACUUACUUGGAAAGAGCACGUUACACAAAUCUGUUGCACGGCACAUCACGCACUUUUAGGUAAGACCCGCAGACCCCGAACAGCCUUUACAUCGCAACAACUUUUGGAGUUAGAAAAACAAUUUCGUCAGAAUAAAUACCUUAGUAGGCCUAAAAGAUUUGAAGUAGCAACUUCGUUAAUGUUAACAGAAACUCAGGUUAAAAUCUGGUUCCAAAAUCGGCGAAUGAAAUGGAAAAGAAACAAGAAAGUUCAGCUAGAAGGAAAAUUGAACAAUAAAGACUUUGGAACUUCGCGCGUCGAGAAACAAGAGUAUAUAAAUGAUUUGACAAAUUCGAAUCCUAUAAUAAAAAAAAAUGAAAAAAGUUCUCACAUUAUUCCAGAUAUUAUAACAGAAACACAAGAAACUUUAUAUAGACCCUAUAUAGUAUGAAAUUCUAUGAUCUAUUGUCAUAAUUCUACUCAAUUAAAAGGUUUUAAUACAAACAACUUAAUUCUAAUAAAAAUAAAUGUAGAAACAAUAAGAAAUAUCUAUUUUAAUGUAAAUAAAGAAAUAACAAUUUAAAAUCAA